GCGGGGCGGACAUGGCGCGGGGCCGGAUGGGGCCCGGCUGAGCGGGCGCUGCCCGGGGCCCUGCGGCCGGGGCUGGCAGCGCAGCGCGGCGCCGUCCGGAUGAGCAGCGGCACGAAUGAGGAGCGGCCGCGGCGCCUACCGAUGCCUCGGCGCCGAGCCCGCAGCGUGCGCCAUGAACCCCGAGCUGGCGCUGGAGCCUCUGGGCAGCCUGCAUGAGCCCGAGCUGCUGGGCAGCCCCGGCCCGCACCACGGCGGCCGAGGCGGGGCGGCGCUGCGGGUGCCGCCAACGCAGGAGCUGCCCGGCGGAGCGGGAGGCGGCGGAGGCGGCGGCGGGGGCCGUGCGGCCAUGGUGCCGGGCAUGGCCCCGCUGCUGGACGGCGCCGAGUUCCGAGCCGAGCUGUCGGUGCCGCUGCACCACGCCAUGAGCGUGCCCUGCGAGCCCUCGCCGCCCGGCAUGGGCAUGAGCGGCACCUACACCACGCUGACGCCGCUGCAGCCGCUGCCGCCCAUCUCCGCCGUGUCCGACAAGUUCCACCACCCGCACCCGCACCACCACCACCACCACCACCACCACCAGCGCCUGCCGGGCAACGUCGGCGGCGGCUUCGCGCUGAUGCGGGACGAGCGCGGGCUGCCGGCCGUCAACAACCUCUACGGGCCGUACAAGGAGGUGCCGGCCGUGGGGCAGAGCCUGUCCCCGCUGGGCGCGGGGCUGGCCCCCCUGCACGGCGCUCAGCAGGGCCUGCACGGCUACGGGCCGCCCCCGCCCCCGGCCCACGACAAGAUGCUGGGGGCCGGCUUCGAGGCCGUGCCGCACCUGCCGCGGGGGCUGCCGGCGGCCCCGGCCCCGCUGCCGCACCUCAACGGGCAGCACCCCCCUGCCCCGCCGCCCCAUGCUCUGCCCGCCGCCCGCGACCGCCCGCCCGCCGCCGCCCCCGCGCAGCAGCUGGAGGAGAUCAACACGAAGGAGGUGGCCCAGAGGAUCACGGCGGAGCUGAAGCGCUACAGCAUCCCCCAGGCCAUCUUCGCCCAGCGGGUGCUGUGCCGCUCUCAGGGCACCCUCUCGGACUUGCUACGGAACCCUAAGCCUUGGAGUAAACUGAAAUCCGGCAGGGAGACCUUCCGGAGGAUGUGGAAGUGGCUGCAGGAGCCGGAGUUCCAGAGGAUGUCAGCCUUAAGGCUCGCAGCAUGCAAACGUAAAGAGCAGGAACCGAACAAAGAAAGGAACAACUCCCAGAAGAAAUCCCGGCUGGUUUUCACUGACCUCCAGCGCCGAACGCUUUUUGCCAUCUUCAAGGAGAACAAGCGCCCGUCCAAAGAAAUGCAGAUCACCAUCUCCCAGCAGCUGGGCCUGGAGCUCACCACCGUCAGCAACUUCUUCAUGAACGCCCGGCGGCGCAGCCUGGAGAAGUGGCAGGAUGACCUGAGCACUGGGGGCUCCUCCUCAGCCCCCAGCACCUGUACCAAAGCAUGACCACGCGAGCCGCCAAGCGGCGCGGGCGCGGUGGGGCCCUUCACUGGUGACUUGAAAGCACAAUCCUCCUGGAUCGUCCUGGCCUGGCUGCAAGGAGAGGACACUGUACGGCUUUUAGUCAGUUGAGAAGGCGCAAGUGAAGAAGUAACCUCUUUUUCUGUAACACUACGCUCAGGACAGGCGAAGCAGGUCUGAAGGAAGAGCCGUUGGUGAGGCAAGUUCCGCGCCGGAACGGAGCACAAGGCUGACACUGAGACGCCAAGGAGGCCGAGAACCUGUUUUUGAAUCUCAGGCAUGGUUUUGUUGAGUGUUCUAGGGGAACAAAAGAUCAAAUCUAUGUUUUUCUUUUUUUUUUUUUUCUUCUUUUUUUUUUCUUUUUUAUUUCUUUUGUUCAAUCAGUGAGUAUAGCUUGAUCUUGGACCAGAAAAAAAAUCAGUUCACUUGAGCUCAAAGUGUCAAGCACAAAGACAAUAGCUAUAGAAAUAGAUAUGAUUCUGGACUCACUACAGCCGUUAUUUUGAAAGGCAUUCUAAUUUACAAAGUUGAUAGUGAAAAAGUACAUGACUACACAAGUCUCAAGCACAGUUUGCAGUUUGUCACAAAUUCUGUGUUUGUACAUGAUGCAGAUGCACACUCAGGAGGUCAAUUUAACUGCUACAGUACAUACAAACACAAAAUUUUGAAAGAUCUAGGUUUUUUUAGGUCAUUAUGAAGAAUUCCUUUUCAGUUACCAGGAAUCUGUUUUCUCCUUUGUAGUCUCGUUGUUAUUGAAGCAUAUUUAGCACUCGACGCUUUUUUGUUCUUUUUCUUUUUCAAAAUCCUGAUGGGAAUUUAAUGGUACUUUCAAGCAGGAAAAAACAACAACAAACCUAAACCCACAAAAAAGCCCUUCAGAUGUCAUUGACCGUUUUAGAUGUGCCGCAUACAACUUAAAAAUGCCAUCAAAAUCCAUCACGCUUUAAGUUUUUUCCGUCCACCAUUUUGUCAAACCUGAUGAGUACGCAGCACACCAAAGAGACAGGAUUACUGCAAGCCAAAGAUAUUUGUAACUCGCCUUUUUCUUUUUACCAUCGUUAGCGUGGUCGUUGUUUUUGAGAUCAGAAAGCCUCACAAAUGAAAUCUCUCAUGGUCAUUUGCUGCACCAGAAAAGCCAACGCUGACCAAAACACGUGCGCAAAGUCCCGAGCGGCGCGGCCACUCCGAGUGCGUCCUUACCAGUGAAUGGCCCCUGUGAAAGCAAGCCAAACGCUGUAAUGCUUCGUUAGAGACACUUGAGACUUUUUUUAUGUACUACUUAAUCGAAACCAAAGAAACGUUUUCUGCACCUACUUCUUCUGCAACAAACUGUUCCAUUUAAUGAAUAAAAGAAGAAAAAAAAAAAAACCAAAAAAAAAAACCAACCCCCCCCCCCAAAAAAAAAAAAAACCAACCCAAAAAAAAACAACAACAACCAAGGAAGCACGUCAGGAAGCAAACAAGUGACACACUGUGUUUUGACAGAUAUGUGGGACAUUUUAGGAAGCAGUUUUCAAAGAAAGGGUUGACAAGAACAAGAACAAAGUAAAGCCGGUAUGAUUGCUGCUUCAUUUGACAACUCAGUCAUCUUAAAGUUGAAGAUUGUCUUUAAUUUGUGCCUAUGCAGUUUUUUUCCAAAAGAACAAGGAACAGGGCAACCAAAACCUCAACAGCUACAAUACCAAAGAUGAGGAUUCUCACAACUGUUAUUUCAGUUCAUUAUCUCUUCUUGCACGACUAAGAUGCAUAUAGCACCAUUGAUCUGUGGAAAGGUAAUCAAUUCUGUUUCUUUGAGCAACAAAAUGGGUGAGUUCAUUUAUGUUUUUCCUGUGUCUACCCCACGUGGAAUCUCUCCAGGAGUUGCACGGACUCCAAGUGUAAGAUGUUGGGAUACUAAACUGGGAUGUAUGAAUGAUGUUUCAGUUGGAUAUUGCUUGUUCUAUCAGGUCUCUUGUUUGUUUAGAUCUUCUGUAUGUGAAACCAGUUGAAUAGCCUAUACUCUCUUUCUCACACCCAGGGAUAAAACUUGCAGUGUAUGUACCAAAUUAUUUGCUUUUAAGUACUGAGCACCAUUACAGCCCGGCUCACUAUGAUCAGAAUUUGAUCUGAUCUGUAACUGAGGUUUCAGCAGUUCACAUGGCAAUUUGGUAAUUUGUUCAGAUGUGUUCUGUUCCUUGGUUAAAGGCACAGUGAUCCAAAUCGGGACAUGCAGUCCUAGAUCCAAAUUUGGGUGCAGAGCAAUGCCCCGUGUAUCAUUCUGCUCCAUCCCAGCCUUUAAAUGAAAGCUUCUUUUUAACUUCUGUGCAAAGCUACAACAGCAAUUGUCCACAGUUUACAUUUAAAAAUAUAUAAAUAAAUUAAUUCAAAAUUUAAAAGCCUUGUGCGCCCAGGACAGGAGGGUUUUCUGAAAAGUCAGUUCAGGAUCCUCACAGCAACCAAGCUGGUAACACAUCCCAGCUCUGGAAAUCAAAACUACUUCAAACGUGGAUUUCCCAGGCUGAUCAGACAUGGUUACAACCUGAUCCAAGGAGCCUCCUAAUCAUCCGUGGUGUGAAGCUGAAACAAACAGUUCGGGUCUGGGUGCUGUGCACCGCUGGGUGCUGAGAUGCUGUGGUUGUAUUCCACGUUCACCUUUACUCACAUCCAAGGGGCUCUACAUACACAUUCUGAGCCUCGCACUGACCUCAAGGGAAACUUCUCAUUGUGAAAGUGUUCUACUGCAUUUCAUAGCAGUGUUACACAGUGCUGUCUUUGGGGGUUACUUUUCUCAUUCCAUUCCAUAAUGCCUUUGUAACUCCACAAAGAAUGGACACACCAUAGGUAAAAAGACAGAACGUCAUUUCCUACCUUCCCUUACCUCACUGCAGUCACAAGGCAGAAAAGUGUGUUUCCAACCAGAAAGGAGAGUGCAAUUGGUGUCCCUGCCACAGACAAAAGAACCUGUUGGUCACCUCCCGUGAGGUGCACGCACAGGCUGUCAGCUUUGCCUCCUGCAUCCCACACAAUGCAGAGGCAAAGAGGAGCAUACCUCAGGUGUUUGUGAGCAAAAGUCUUUUUAUGUCUGUUCAGAGUUCAUCCAACAGCUCUGAUAAAGCGUAGAUCUAAUAGCUCUCAUAAAAGAAUGUAUCUUCAAUGAAAUAAUUUUCCCCAAAUUGCAGAAGUCCUUGUUAUGCAAUUUUAUGGCUUAAAUUCUUGAUCCUUCAGAUGUUGAUACUGGAAAUGACUUAGUUAAGGUAAUGGAGUGGCACUGAGGAUGACACCACUGUCCAUUCGACAGUAUUUGGUUAGCAGAGCAUGUGAGCCUUCUCUGUCCCGGUGACUGCAAAUAUAACAGUGCCCAUGUUUCCUUCAUACUUGUCAAAAUUCACUUUCAUCUGAAAAUACUGCUGCAUUUUUUAUCCCUGCUUCUUUCAUGGCCCUAUGUUAUGUCUUCCAUUUCACCUUCAACUACUGCAGGCUUCUAUGUAGCAGCUGACUCAGAAUAGGAGUAUCGAUAGCAUAUACUGUGGGUAGAUACAUUUGUAUGUACACACAUGAACAAAAUAUAGAGUAUAUAUUUACUAUAUAUACGUGUAUACUGAUAUAUAUACCAUAAUAUAUACUAUAUUCUGUUCAUACUAAAACAAACACAAACCUCAAAUAGAUAUGUUGUGUUUAUAUACCAUAUAUUUAUAAAUCUGUAUAGCUGUGUAAUGUAACUCGUUCCUUUUAUUUAUUCUAAUAUGAGAGACUAUUAUCUACGGACAGUAUCCCAGCAUCUUCCUUGCCGUGCGCUUGGAGUUACUAUCAUGGGCACAUCCAAGAUGAAUUCAACUUUCAAGAAACCUUGGAUACUGUUAAAUCACCUGUGAAGGAACAAAGAAUGUGCUUGAUUACUUCGGUUGAAUAGCUUUAUUCUGGAUCUCUCUUAACUAAAGCUAAAUCCAAAGACCUGUGAAGGACUCAACCAGCAAACUACUCUCAAUCCUGCAUAAGGGAAUAGGGACAGCCUCUUCCAAAACAAGACGUGGCAUUGCCAUGGUAUUGGAAAGAGGGUGCUAGCUUUGGAAAAACAAACAAACAAACAAUGCUUUUCUUGCUUGUCAUGAUACCUACGGAUUUUUAAGACAUGGAGAAAGUUUAUACUUGGCCUCCUUUACAUUUAUUAAGGGGAUUUUUUUUUCAUUUUUUUAAAUGGAAAACUUAAAAUGGUUUUAUUUUUUUUCCUGACAGUUGUAGGUUUUACCUAAUAUAUUAUAUUAUAUUACAUCAAUUAUGUAAUUUAUUUAAUUAAGUCUUAGAGUAGAUAGAAAUAUCUGUUCAGUCCAAAUUCAGUACCUAUUUUAAUUUUAUCUUUGAAGUUCAGUGGGAGUUUUGCCUGAAAACAGGAUCAGGGUCACGUGUUAGUUGUUUGUAACUAUUUAAUUCAGCCAUUUGUGAAUUUGGGUUAAUUGUUCUUAUUUAUUCAUUUUAUUGUUGUAGUGCAUCAGAGAUGCCAGCCUGUAUUAGUAGAUACACUUAAAAGUUAGCGUAGUUUCCUAAAGCAGCCAAGUUCUGUUACAGGCAGGAGGAAAAUAAUGAGUUACAUAAAACAUGAGUCUAUUUUUAGAUUCUUCUUUUAAUUGAUUUUAAUCAUUAAAUAUCAAAAUUUAAAUUAUUUAAGUUAAUCUCAUCUGAUUAGAAAGCGUGAUGUACCUUUAUUGUGGCACACAAAGCCUUCAUAAUAUAAUUUAUUUAUUUAACUUAUUCAUCAUCAUCCCAGGAUGCCCUUGUAUAGUUUUGUUUUUUUAAUUUUGUUUUUUUAAUUUUUUAUCUUGAAUUACUUUUAAAGCACUACGGAUUAUUUCCUGUCCAAAAACAGAGCAAAUUUUGAGGACAAGCAAUGAAUAUUCAACCUAAAACUGUGCAUUCAGAAACAACAGGAAAAAGAGACACUGAGAUACUUUGCCUGAACUUUGUGGCUUCUUAAAACUUAAGCUGGGGGAAAAAUAAUCCAUGCCAAGCAAAAAGAGAGAAACCCUUAACCUAGCUGCUUCCAAGAAUGAACUUCUGUGUGUGUAAAAAAGAGAAAAAAGAAAAAAAAGGAAAAAAA